AAACAUGCCUCGACACGGCUCUUACUGCUGAAGUUCGCUGUGCCCUGCCAUGGAGUGAGCAGGCUUUAAUAUGCUCCGGUCAUGAGGCAUGGGAAGCGCUCUCAGAAGCUUGAUCGAAAGGAAGAUUGUUUGUCGGUCUCAACCUACCUGGGCUAUCCUGGGGUGGACUUAGAUGGCAGCACUACUGUCCAGCUUGGCCGCCAAGUGGCCGUGACAUGUCAUGACGAUCCAAUCAUCCAAUCAUGACAGACCGCUAAGGCGAGACAGCCGUAGUCCCAGCCGAUCUCGACAUCGCAACAGCCGUCGGCGCAGCUUUUCGCGGGAGUCUCGACGCAGCCCACAGGGUCGGCGAAGCCGUAGCUGGCGAAGUAGCCGCAGAAGCCGCAGCCGGAAUGAUAGCCGAAGUCGAGGAGGUCGGUCCGAUUCCCGAAGACCUCAGCGGUCCAGGCGCCGCCAUGGCCGAUCGAAAAAAGGGCCCGAACUGCCAGGCCUUUGUGCCUCCGAUGCCCGGCGGGAUGCCAUUCCCGAUGUUCCCGUUCCCGCCCCUUUGGCCUUGGCCCAUGCCCAAUACAGGUGCUGAGCCGUCGGGGCGGCGCUCGCCGCGGCGGCGUCGCCGUAGCAGCAGCAGCCGUGCUGAAGGGAAUUGCAAAGACUCGGUUCUGGUGAGGCGGAACUUGAUGGGUCGAGUGAUUGGCAGGGGAGGCGGCGUCAUCAAUACCAUCCGACAAGAUAGUGGAGCUCGGAUUGAUGCAGAGGACCGUGAUGAAGAUCAUUGUGAGUUCAGGAUCACUGGGACGGAGGAGCAGGUCCGCCGAGCCAAGACCAUGAUCCGAGAGCAAGCAGAUCGGGUUGCUUUGGAGCGACAUCCCUUAGGUGACCAGAUUGAGGAGAAGGACAUCGCUGCCGACCUGGAGUUUCCCGCCAGCAUCCUGGGCGCCUUGAUCGGCCCUCGUGGUAGCAAGAUCAAUGAGGUACGGGAGACCAGUGGUGCGAAAAUCCAGGUGAAGAAGCAAGAGGAGCGCUGCCACGUGCUCCUUACAGGCAGCGAUGAGCAGGUGGCAUCUGCCAGGGAGCUGGUUGAAAGCAUCGCGGAGGAAGCGAAGCAGGUCACAGAGAUGCCGAGGCCCGGAGAAGAAGAUGAGCGCUUAGAGUUCCCGCUGGCCGUGGCGGGUCGUAUCAUCGGCUCCCGCGGGGUGCAGAUCUCAGAGGUGCGGUCGCGCAGUGGUGCGCAGGUAAAGAUCGAGAAGUUGGAGGAGACCUGCCGGGUCUAUUUGGGCGGAUCCCCAGAGCAGGUGGAGAAAGCCAAGAAGAUGAUUGUCAGCCUUGCUGAGGAAAAUCACCUCCCCGGGCGAGGGGAUGCUGAAGACACGGUUGAGAUUCCGCUCUCCAUGGUCGGGCGCGUGAUCGGCAAGGGUGGUGAGACUGUCCAGCGGCUCCAGAGAGAGAGCGGUGCCAAGAUUGAUGUGAACAAUCAGUUGGACCCUUCACCCGUCCGUUUGAGCGGCACGCGAGAUGCAAUCACGCGAGCCAAGUACCUUCUGCGCGAGGUCCUGGAUCGUGCCGGGUAUACACCACCAGAAUGGAGAGUGCCGCAAGCCUAUCCAGGAUAUGAUGCCUGGGCCAUGUGGUCGGGCGCAGGAUACGUGCCACAAGGGAUGCCACAAAGCAUGGCGCAAAACAUGCCGCGAAGUAUGCCAACCUGGGACCUGCCUGCCGGUGAUGGCGGCGGGGGUGGAGGUUGGCGGUCAGCGCCACAACUAACGAAUAGCCCAAACGCAGAGUCCAAGUCCGAAGAGAUCGACUUGGAUGAGUUGUGAAGCGAAG